CGCGCCCCCGCCGGGAAUAAGCCUGAGAAUAACCCGGCGCCUCCGCCGGGGCGGGCGCGGAGCGGGCCCGGCGCCGCGGCGCUGGUGGAUGCUGGGGCCCCGAGGCGCCGGCCGGGCGGCGGGGGCCGCGGCAGGUGUGCCGGAGCCGGCGGAGGCGGCGCCUCUGCGCUGCCCGGCCGCCCGGGAGCGGGGCGAAUGGCGAGCGAGAAGCCGGGCCCGGGGCUCGAGCCGCAGCCCGCGGGGCUCAUCGCCGUCGGGGCCGGGGGCGGCGGCAUGGGGGAGCUGAGGGGCGCGGCGGGGCCCGGCGCCGUGGUGCUGCCCGCGGGGAUGAUUAACCCUUCGGUGCCGAUCCGCAACAUCCGCAUGAAAUUCGCAGUGCUGAUCGGACUCAUACAGGUCGGAGAGGUCAGCAACAGGGACAUCGUGGAGACGGUGCUCAACCUGCUGGUUGGUGGAGAAUUUGACCUGGAGAUGAACUUUAUUAUCCAGGAUGCUGAGAGCAUAACAUGCAUGACAGAGCUGUUGGAGCACUGCGACGUGACAUGUCAAGCUGAAAUAUGGAGCAUGUUCACAGCCAUUCUGCGAAAAAGUGUUCGGAAUCUGCAGACAAGCACGGAAGUUGGGCUGAUUGAACAAGUAUUGCUGAAAAUGAGUGCAGUUGAUGACAUGAUAGCAGAUCUCCUAGUUGAUAUGUUGGGGGUUCUUGCCAGCUACAGCAUCACUGUCAAGGAGUUGAAGCUUUUGUUCAGCAUGCUUCGAGGAGAAAGUGGGAUCUGGCCAAGACAUGCAGUAAAAUUAUUAUCAGUUCUAAAUCAGAUGCCACAAAGACAUGGUCCUGAUACUUUUUUCAAUUUCCCUGGUUGUAGUGCUGCGGCAAUCGCGUUGCCUCCUAUCGCGAAGUGGCCUUAUCAGAAUGGCUUCACCCUCAAUACUUGGUUUCGCAUGGAUCCCUUAAAUAACAUUAAUGUUGAUAAGGAUAAACCUUAUCUUUAUUGUUUUCGUACUAGCAAAGGAGUUGGUUACUCUGCUCAUUUCGUUGGCAACUGUCUAAUAGUCACAUCUUUGAAGUCCAAAGGAAAAGGUUUUCAGCACUGUGUGAAAUACGAUUUUCAACCACGCAAGUGGUACAUGAUCAGCAUUGUCCACAUUUACAAUCGGUGGAGGAACAGUGAAAUUCGGUGUUACGUCAAUGGACAGCUAGUAUCUUACGGUGACAUGGCUUGGCACGUUAACACGAAUGAUAGCUAUGACAAGUGCUUCCUCGGAUCUUCAGAAACUGCUGAUGCCAAUCGGGUGUUCUGCGGCCAGCUUGGCGCCGUGUAUGUAUUCAGUGAAGCCCUCAACCCUGCCCAGAUAUUUGCAGUUCAUCAGUUAGGACCUGGAUAUAAGAGCACCUUCAAAUUUAAGUCUGAGAGUGACAUUCAUUUGGCAGAACAUCAUAAGCAGGUUUUGUAUGAUGGGAAACUUGCAAGUAGUAUUGCAUUUACAUAUAACGCUAAGGCCACUGACGCUCAACUGUGCCUGGAAUCAUCACCAAAGGAAAAUGCAUCCAUUUUUGUGCAUUCCCCACAUGCGCUAAUGCUCCAGGAUGUGAAAGCGAUAGUAACACAUUCCAUUCAUAGUGCGAUUCAUUCAAUUGGAGGGAUUCAAGUGCUUUUCCCACUUUUUGCCCAACUGGACAAUCGGCAGCUCAACGACAGUCAAGUGGAAACAACUGUCUGCGCUACUCUUUUGGCAUUCCUGGUUGAACUGCUUAAAAGUUCAGUCGCCAUGCAAGAACAGAUGCUGGGUGGAAAAGGCUUUCUAGUCAUUGGCUACUUGCUUGAAAAGUCAUCAAGAGCCCAUAUAACGAGAGCUGUCCUGGAGCAGUUUUUAUCCUUUGCAAAACACCUUGAUGGUUUAUCUCAUGGAGCCCCUUUAUUAAAGCAGCUUUGUGAUCACAUUUUAUUCAACCCGGCCAUCUGGAUACAUACGCCUGCAAAGGUCCAGCUUUCCCUAUACACUUAUUUGUCUGCCGAGUUUAUUGGAACUGCUACCAUUUACACCACCAUACGCAGAGUAGGGACAGUACUGCAGCUCAUGCACACGUUAAAAUAUUACUACUGGGUCAUUGAUCCUGCCGACAGUAGCGGCAUUGCACCUAAAGGGUUAGAUGGUCCCCGGCCAUCACAAAAAGAAAUCAUAUCACUACGGGCAUUUAUGCUACUUUUUCUGAAACAGCUCAUACUAAAGGAUCGAGGGGUCAAAGAAGAUGAACUUCAGAGUAUAUUAAAUUACCUGCUUACAAUGCAUGAGGAUGAAAAUAUUCAUGAUGUGUUACAGUUACUAGUGGCUUUAAUGUCAGAACACCCAGCCUCCAUGAUACCAGCAUUUGAUCAAAGAAAUGGAAUAAGGGUAAUCUACAAAUUAUUGGCUUCUAAAAGUGAAAGUAUUUGGGUUCAAGCUCUGAAGGUUCUGGGAUACUUUCUGAAGCAUUUAGGUCACAAGAGAAAAGUUGAAAUCAUGCACACCCAUAGUCUUUUCACCCUCCUUGGAGAGAGGCUGAUGUUGCACACAAACACCGUGACUGUCACCACAUACAACACGCUUUACGAGAUCUUGACAGAGCAAGUGUGUACUCAAGUCGUACACAAACCACACCCAGAGCCAGAUUCUACCGUGAAAAUUCAGAAUCCAAUGAUUCUUAAGGUGGUGGCAACUUUGUUAAAAAACUCUACACCCAGUGCAGAACUGAUGGAAGUUCGUCGUUUAUUUUUAUCUGACAUGAUAAAACUUUUCAGUAACAGCCGUGAAAAUAGAAGAUGCUUAUUGCAGUGUUCAGUAUGGCAGGAUUGGAUGUUUUCUCUUGGCUAUAUCAAUCCUAAAAAUUCUGAGGAGCAGAAGAUCACGGAGAUGGUCUACAAUAUCUUCCGGAUCCUUUUAUAUCACGCAAUAAAAUACGAGUGGGGAGGCUGGAGAGUCUGGGUGGACACGCUCUCAAUAGCCCAUUCCAAGGUCACUUAUGAGGCACACAAAGAAUACCUGGCCAAGAUGUACGAGGAAUAUCAGAGACAGGAGGAGGAAAACAUUAAGAAGGGGAAGAAGGGCAACGUGAGCACCAUCUCGGGUCUUUCGUCCCAGGCGACAGGAGCGAAGGGCGGCAUGGAGAUCCGGGAGAUAGAGGACCUUUCCCAGAGCCAGAGCCCAGAAAGUGAGACCGAUUACCCGGUGAGCGCGGACACGAGGGACCUGCUCAUGUCCACCAAAGUGUCCGACGCCAUCCUCGGGAACCCCGAUCGCCCGGGCGGCGGUGUGCACGUGGAAGUGCACGACCUUCUAGUGGAUAUAAAAGCAGAGAAAGUGGAAGCCACCGAGGUCAAGCUGGAUGACAUGGACCUGUCACCGGAGACUCUGGUAGGGGCGGAGAACGGCGCCCUUGUGGAGGUGGAGUCCUUGCUGGACAACGUGUACAGUGCCGCCGUGGAGAAACUCCAGAACAAUGUGCACGGGAGUGUGGGCAUCAUUAAGAAAAAUGAAGAAAAAGAUAAUGGUCCGUUGAUAACUUUAGCCGAUGAGAAAGAUGACCUUCCCAGUAGUAACGCAGCGUUCCUCUUUGAUAAAAUACCCAAACAGGAGGAGAAACUCCUUCCGGAACUUUCGAGCAACCACAUCAUUCCGAAUAUUCAGGACGCGCAAGUGCACCUCGGCGUCGCCGAUGAUCUCGGACUGCUCGCCCACAUGACCGGCAGUGUCGACUUACCCUGCACGUCGAGUAUGAUGGAAGAAAAAGAGUUCAAAAUCCACACGACGUCAGAUGGCAUGGGCACUGUUUCUGAAAGGGACCUGGCGGCGUCCUCGAAGGGGCUGGAGUACGCCGAGGUGACUGCGGCCGCCCUGGAGACCGAGCCUUCUGGGAGCAAAAUGGUACCAAACAUUGAUGCGGGAAGUAUAAUCUCAGACACCGAGAGGUCUGACGACGGGAAAGAGCCGAAGGAAACCCGGAAAAUCCAGACCACGACCACCACACAGGCUGUUCAGGGUCGGUCUGUCACUCAGCAAGACAGAGAUCUCCGAGUUGACUUGGGAUUCCGAGGGAUGCCCAUGACCGAGGAACAGCGGCGCCAGUUCAGCCCGGGUCCACGCACGACCAUGUUCCGUAUUCCCGAGUUUAAGUGGUCGCCGAUGCACCAGCGACUUCUCACCGACUUGCUGUUUGCAUUAGAAACAGAUGUACAUGUUUGGAGGAGCCAUUCUACAAAGUCUGUAAUGGAUUUCGUCAACAGCAACGAGAACAUUAUCUUUGUGCAUAACACGAUUCACCUCAUUUCCCAGAUGGUGGACAACAUCAUCAUCGCGUGCGGAGGGAUCCUGCCCUUGCUCUCGGCCGCCACGUCGCCGACCGGUUCUAAGACGGAAUUGGAGAAUAUUGAAGUGACACAAGGCAUGUCCGCUGAGACAGCAGUGACUUUCCUCAGCAGAUUGAUGGCCAUGGUUGACGUGCUUGUAUUCGCCAGCUCUCUGAAUUUCAGUGAGAUUGAAGCUGAAAAAAACAUGUCUUCUGGCGGUCUAAUGCGGCAGUGCCUACGGCUGGUUUGCUGCGUUGCUGUGAGAAACUGUCUAGAAUGUCGGCAGAGGCAGAGAGACCGGGGGAGCAAGCCUGCACAUGGAGGCGGCAGACCCCCGGAAGCCCCGCAGGGUGUGGCGGCCCCCGCCGCUUCCAAGACUCCAUUAGAAAAUGUUCCAGGUAACCUCUCACCUAUUAAGGAUCCUGAUAGACUUCUUCAGGAUGUCGAUAUUAACCGCCUUCGUGCUGUGGUCUUUCGGGAUGUGGACGACAGCAAGCAGGCGCAGUUCUUAGCUCUGGCUGUCGUAUACUUCAUUUCGGUUCUGAUGGUGUCCAAGUACCGGGACAUCCUGGAGCCCCAGCGGGAGACCGCGCGGACUGGGAGCCAGCCGGGCCGAAACAUCAGGCAGGAGAUAAAUUCACCCACAAGUACAGUUGUGGUCAUACCAUCUAUCCCUCAUCCAAGUUUGAACCAUGGAUUCCUUGCCAAGUUAAUUCCUGAGCAGAGCUUUGCCCACUCAUUUUACAAAGAGACCCCUGCUGCAUUUCCAGACACUAUAAAGGAAAAAGAAACGCCAGCUCCUGGUGAAGAGAUUCAGUUAGAAAGUUCCAUUCCUCAUACAGAUUCAGGAAUUGGAGAGGAGCAAGUGGCCAACAUCCUAAACGGGGCAGAAUUAGAGGCCAGCACGGGCCCUGAUGCCAUGAGCGAGCUGUUGUCCACUUUGUCUUCUGAAGUGAAGAAGUCACAGGAAAGCUUAGCUGAGAACCCGAGCGAAAUGUUGAAGCCGGCGCCUUCCAUAUCUAGCAUUAGCCAAGCCAAAGGCAUCAAUGUCAAGGAAAUACUGAAAAGCCUCGUGGCCGCCCCGGUGGAAAUUGCCGACUGUGGCCCUGAGCCCAUCCCCUACCCGGACCCAGCGCUGAAGAGAGAAGCGCAAGCUAUUCUUCCUAUGCAGUUUCAUUCCUUUGACAGGAGCGUCGUGGUGCCUGUCAAGAAGCCACCCCCAGGUAGCUUGGCUGUAACCACCGUGGGAGCCACGACGUCUGGGAGUGGUCUGCCAACAGGCAGCACCUCUAAUAUAUUUGCUGCUACCGGAACAACACCAAAAAGUAUGAUUAAUACAACAGGUGCCGUGGAUUCAGGGUCGUCCUCUUCCUCCUCUUCUAGUUUUGUCAACGGUGCUACCAGCAAAAAUCUGCCAGCUGUGCAGACGGUGGCUCCGAUGCCGGAGGAUUCGGCUGAAAACAUGAGCAUCACUGCAAAACUUGAAAGAGCUUUAGAAAAAGUUGCUCCUCUGCUUCGUGAAAUUUUUGUCGACUUUGCGCCAUUCCUGUCCCGCACACUUCUUGGCAGUCAUGGACAGGAGCUAUUGAUAGAAGGCCUCGUGUGCAUGAAGUCCAGCACGUCUGUGGUCGAGCUGGUCAUGCUGCUUUGCUCUCAGGAAUGGCAAAAUUCUAUUCAGAAGAAUGCAGGACUUGCAUUUAUUGAACUCAUCAAUGAAGGAAGGUUACUAUGCCACGCCAUGAAGGACCAUAUAGUUCGUGUUGCCAAUGAAGCCGAGUUUAUUUUGAACAGACAGAGAGCUGAGGAUGUACAUAAACAUGCAGAGUUUGAGUCGCAGUGUGCCCAGUAUGCUGCCGAUAGAAGAGAGGAAGAGAAGAUGUGUGACCAUCUCAUUAGUGCUGCUAAACACCGAGAUCACGUUACAGCGAAUCAGCUGAAACAGAAGAUCCUUAAUAUUCUCACAAAUAAACACGGAGCCUGGGGAGCAGUUUCUCAUAGCCAAUUGCAUGAUUUCUGGCGUUUGGAUUACUGGGAAGAUGAUCUUCGUCGAAGGAGACGAUUUGUUCGUAAUGCGUUCGGCUCGACUCACGCUGAAGCAUUGCUCAAAGCCGCCAUAGAGUACGGCACCGAGGACGAUGUUGUAAAGUCGAAGAAAACAUUCAGAAGUCAAGCAAUAGUGAAUCAGAAUGCGGAGACCGAACUGAUGCUAGAAGGAGACGAUGACGCAGUCAGCCUGCUGCAGGAGAAAGAAAUCGACAAUCUUGCAGGCCCAGUGGUUCUCAGCACUCCUGCCCAGCUCAUCGCUCCCGUGGUGGUGGCCAAGGGUACUCUUUCCAUCACCACGACAGAAAUUUACUUCGAGGUAGAUGAGGAUGAUCCUGCCUUCAAGAAGAUCGAUGCAAAAGUUCUCGCGUACACAGAGGGACUUCAUGGAAAAUGGAUGUUCAGCGAGAUCCGAGCUGUAUUUUCAAGACGUUAUCUUCUGCAAAACACCGCCUUGGAAGUAUUUAUGGCAAACCGAACCUCGGUUAUGUUUAAUUUCCCUGAUCAAGCAACAGUAAAAAAAGUUGUCUAUAGCUUGCCUCGGGUUGGAGUAGGGACCAGCUAUGGUUUACCACAAGCCAGGAGGAUAUCCCUGGCCACCCCUCGGCAGCUUUACAAAUCCUCCAACAUGACUCAGCGCUGGCAGAGAAGGGAAAUCUCAAACUUCGAAUAUUUGAUGUUUCUGAAUACUAUAGCAGGACGGACAUACAAUGACUUGAACCAAUACCCCGUGUUUCCAUGGGUGUUAACAAACUAUGAAUCGGAAGAAUUGGACUUGACCCUUCCAGGCAACUUCAGGGAUCUAUCAAAGCCCAUCGGUGCUUUGAACCCAAAGAGAGCUGUGUUUUACGCGGAGCGCUAUGAGACGUGGGAAGACGAUCAAAGCCCACCCUACCACUAUAAUACCCAUUACUCAACGGCCACAUCUACCUUGUCCUGGCUUGUUCGAAUUGAACUAAUUCCAGAGUUCUAUUACCUACCAGAGAUGUUUGUCAACAGUAAUGGAUAUAAUCUCGGAGUCAGGGAAGACGAAGUGGUGGUAAAUGAUGUCGAUCUUCCCCCUUGGUCAAAAAAACCUGAGGAUUUUGUACGGAUCAACAGGAUGGCCCUGGAAAGUGAAUUUGUUUCUUGCCAACUUCAUCAGUGGAUUGACCUUAUAUUUGGCUACAAACAGCGAGGACCAGAAGCAGUCCGCGCCCUGAAUGUUUUUCACUACUUGACGUACGAAGGCUCUGUGAGCCUGGACAGCAUCACGGACCCUGUGCUCAGGGAGAUUCCAGAAGCUUAUUUCAUUAGAGAUCCCCAUACGUUCCUUCUUACCAAGGACUUUAUUAAGGCCAUGGAGGCGCAGAUACAGAACUUUGGACAGACACCGUCUCAGCUGCUCAUUGAGCCACAUCCGCCUCGGAGCUCUGCCAUGCACCUGUGUUUCCUUCCACAGAGUCCGCUCAUGUUUAAAGAUCAGAUGCAGCAAGAUGUGAUCAUGGUGCUGAAGUUUCCAUCCAAUUCUCCGGUGACCCACGUGGCGGCCAACACCCUCCCCCACCUGACCAUCCCUGCGGUGGUGACAGUGACCUGCAGCAGGCUGUUUGCAGUGAACCGAUGGCACAACACAGUCGGCCUCCGAGGGGCUCCGGGAUACUCCUUGGAUCAAGCCCACCACCUUCCAAUUGAAAUGGAUCCAUUAAUUGCCAAUAACUCUGGUGUGAACAAACGGCAGAUCACGGACCUCGUUGACCAGAGUAUACAGAUCAACGCGCAUUGUUUUGUGGUCACAGCAGAUAAUCGCUAUAUUCUCAUCUGCGGAUUCUGGGAUAAAAGCUUCAGAGUUUACUCUACAGAAACAGGGAAAUUGACUCAGAUCGUCUUUGGCCACUGGGAUGUGGUCACGUGCCUGGCUCGGUCUGAGUCCUACAUCGGCGGCGACUGCUACAUCGUGUCUGGGUCUCGAGAUGCCACACUGCUUCUCUGGUACUGGAGCGGGCGACACCAUAUCAUAGGCGACAACCCUAACAGCAGCGACUACCCAGCCCCAAGAGCCGUCCUCACAGGCCACGACCAUGAAGUUGUGUGUGUGUCCGUCUGUGCAGAGCUUGGCCUGGUUAUCAGUGGUGCUAAAGAAGGCCCUUGCCUCGUCCACACGAUCACUGGCGAUUUGCUGAGAGCCCUCGAGGGACCCGAGCACUGCUUGUUCCCGCGUCUGAUUUCUGUCUCUAGUGAAGGCCACUGUAUCAUAUACUAUGAGCGAGGGCGGUUCAGCAAUUUCAGCAUUAACGGGAAACUUCUGGCUCAAAUGGAGAUCAAUGACUCCACACGGGCCGUUCUCCUGAGCAGCGACGGCCAGAACCUGGUGACCGGAGGGGACAAUGGCGUGGUGGAGGUCUGGCAGGCCUGCGACUUCAAGCAGCUGUACAUUUACCCCGGAUGUGACGCCGGCAUUAGAGCCAUGGACCUGUCCCAUGACCAGAGGACUCUGAUCACUGGCAUGGCUUCGGGUAGCAUCGUAGCUUUUAAUAUAGAUUUUAAUCGGUGGCAUUAUGAGCAUCAGAACAGAUACUGAAGACAGUAAAGAAUCAAAAGCCAAAUUAAAGCUGAGAGCACAAGUGCUGCAUGGAAGGCAAUGUCUCCGGUGGAAACAAUUCGUCUGCGUCGACCUCCGCUUGUACAUUCCAUCACAUCCAGCAAUAGCUGUACAUUCUAGGCAGCAGCCAUUUUACUUUGUGCAUUUUUUCACGACGGAACACCAGCUGCUAACCAAGCAAGCUUAUAUCAUGUAAAUUACACAAAUUAUUAGGAGAUGUUUUGGUAAUUAUUUCACCUAUUGUUGUUUAUCGAGAAAAGGUAGUAGGACGCGUCACAAGAGACUUUUGACAAUUCUGAGGAAACCUUGUGUCCGGUUGUUACAAAAAGUUUUAAGCUUUGAACCUUAACCUGCAUCCCAUUUCCAGCCUCUUUUCAAGCUGAGAAGAAAAAAAAAAAAAAAACACGUUUGAUACUUUGUACAUCAGAUGCAUCUUAUUUAAAGGGAUACUUUUGUAAAAGUAAAACCUUGUAUAAAGAACAAAAUGUUUCUUAAUUUUAUUGUGGAGUUACAUCUUGCAUGUUCUUUGAUCCUGAUGUCUCCGUGGAACAGGUGAAUUCGCACUACCACACUGAGAGAUCUGUCCAAGGACACAGCUUGUCUGAAAGGGUUGAAUUUGGGCUCAAUCAGUAACUUUUGACAUUUUCACCAAAAUAUGGUUUGCACUUUUUAAUCUAAAUUCAUUCCUUCUAAGUGAAAUUUGCUCAUAAGGCAUUUGGAUACUAAGCCAUUAUUUGCCGUUUUUGGUACUUCUUUAUACAAAGAAAAUUCAGCCCUACCCUUCAUAAUUGGAAGACACAGCAGAAAGGGGGCUCAGGGAUGAGGUCCUGCUUUUUGUUCUAGAAAUAGGAAUCAUGAUCAUUAGCACCAUGGGACAUCUCUUCCGGUCAUCCUUCCGGCUUGGUGCGUGUACAUUAGGGGAGGAGAAUCUGAUGCUAACUUCCUUUUUUUUUUUCUCGGUUCUCAAAUAGCUUAGUUUCUUUAAUAACGAAUCGGACUUAAUUAUAACAGGAACUGAAGUUAUUCUUUUAGGUUCUUGUGAAAUUCUCACCUAAAGCCACACAUCCUUAGCCUAAGGCAUUUUGUUUUUUAUGAUAUAAAAUGAUGGCUAUCAAAUGAUUUUCCAUACAUUGUACUGAUCAACUUAUCCGCCCAAGGGUAUAUACACUUUAUUCAUGUCCCUUCUUUGUAUAUUUGGUGACUGUACUGUCAUAGAUGUACAUAUUGUGUCGGUAGGGCUAUGAGGCAUGUUACAGGAAUGUAAUUUUCUCAGAAUUUACACUCUCUUGCAGUCAUUUAUUUAAGAAGAUAAAACAAGAAAAUGGGUUCUUUGUAUUGGCACUUUGCACCAGAAACAUAUCAUUAUUUAUUGAUGUGAUUACUGAUUUGUUUAGCCACCUUGUACUAGUAAGUUUUAGCACUGAAUUCCUUCUUCAUUGUUGUUUGUAUUUAUGAGAUUCUGAAAUUCUGGGGAAUCGGCGUGAUGAUUAAUUUGUUCAUCACCAGGCUGUAAGCAAUAUCUCGAGUUUGUAGCUUAGCGUUGAAGCGAUACUGAACAUCUGGAAGACAAGUUCAUUUCAUCUUGAAACCAUGGUGAAAUAUUUUGGAUAUAUAAAUUCCUUAAGCUAUUGUAACCAUGUUUUAUUGCAAAGAUGUAAAAUAUGCCAGAUGUGUGUGAGUUGGAAAUCCAAAAAAGAAAAAUAAAAUAUGCAAAGAAUUCA